UUUCCGUUCACACAGAAGUCACUGUUAUAAAUUCACUCACUGUAUCUUCGGAAUCGCGCGCAGGAGUGAGUUCACGUGCACGGGAGCCUCUUGCCGUGUCGUCGCUAUCUCAAUAAUAAAAUGAUCUAUCUGCGGCGACCGGCAACAAUGAGCGAAAGAGACCCGCUUCGCGUCCUAUGCACGAGGUCCGGCAGACAAUUGACAGGUCCACCAGGCCACACAGGUCAGUGCAACCGUGAAGAAAAAAGAAUUUGCAAGAGGAAAAUUUGCGGCUGUUUAGAGAGAAGGGAGAAGAAGACACAUAGGGAAGAGGAAAGAGGGCAGAGUGAUGGUGGAGAGAGUAUCAUACAGGGAAGCAGACAGAAGGAAAGGGGAAGGAGGAUGGAAGAGAAAAGGGGGAAGAUGGAAGAGCGACGAGGGAAGAGGAAACAUGGAAAAGGGAAGAAGGAAGAUAGGAGAAUGGUAGUGGAGGUAGUACCAUAUAGAGAAGAGGUUAUAGGGAAACAGGGAAGAGGGAUGAGGGAGGAUGGAAAAGAGUAGAAGAGGGUGGAAAAGAGUAGAGGGAAGAGGGAAGAGGGAGGAUGGAAAAGUGGUAAUGGGCGGAGUAUCAGGGAAGAUGAUACAGGGAAACGGAAGAAGGGAAAUCGAAGAGGGAUAAGAGAGGGUGGAAAAUGAAAGAAGAAAAAGGGGAAAUCGAAGAGGGAAGAGGGAAGAGAGAAGAUGGAAGAGGGAAGAGAAAACAUGGAAGAGGGAAAAGGAAAGAGGGAAGAGGGAAGAGAGGAGAAUGGUAGUAGAGGGAGUACUAUAUACCCCCCGGACACGAGUACAUAUGGCAGAAUACAUAAAAACAAUAAUCCCCGGGUUAGCCUGAGGAUAGCGCAUGCUCCGUGCGUUUACGUGCCUCCCGCAGUGCACCUUGCAUUUUAGUCUGAUAACGGAGCUUGCCGGAUACGGACGCAGCUCCCAGUACUUCCGAAGCAAGCUCCCUGGUACUUAUUACUCCGAAGCUUCCGGUUAUAAUUCUCUCCAGUUAUCGAGUGUUAUAUCAGAUAAAGUCUUAUACCGAGAUACAGUGAGUGAAUUUGUAACAGCGAUAUCUGUGUGAACGGAAGAGAAGCCAGUAACAACGCGAAGUUCGACAUCCAGCCAAUUCGGAAUAGAAGGCGCCACCGUUCGUCAACUCACUGUAUACCAACCGAGAUAAUAGCAAAAAUACCCGUAUAAGAACAAUGGUAAGUGUAUUAAAAAAAUACGCAACUUGCCGAUACAGAACUCAGUGGCCUGAGACAUCACGAAUUAACCCAUUAACGCCCACAGGACAGAAUUUCGACAUUGAAGUUCGAGUUGAUGCCGUUCAAUGAAUUUGAGAAAAACAAAGUUCCAAACUACCUUUUCCUAUGUUUUUGAGGGUGCUCUCUCAAAUGGUGAUGGUUAAAAAAUUCUUAAAAAAUAUUUGACCAUGGAAAAAUUAAAAUUAAUCCAAAGAAACGUCAUUUUUCGCUUGCAUUUUUUUUUGUAAUGACUUUUCGUUCCCUUUUCAUUUUUUUUUAUGACUUAAACCUAUUCAGAUCGUGGCCUCGAUGUCUGAACUUAAAAUAAAUAAAGUUAGUAAGGUCUAAAAAAUUGUUACUAAAACAAAAUGGCGGCCUAAUUGAAAAUUUUUUUUUCAAAACUUUACGAAUUUUUUCCUCGAAAACGAUAGACUUUAUCAAAAAUUUUCUGAGAACAAAAAUGUCUUAGAAUUGGUCAAAGAGUACUCUCAAAUUUUUUCAGAAUGUUCCGAAGCGAUUUUCGAUUUUUUGAAAAAUCGUAAAAUCGAUAUUUUGAAAAAUUUCAUCAAAAAAUCUGAAAAAAUUUGAUAAUAUUCUUUGACCAAUUCUGAGACAUUUUUGUUCUUAGAAAAUUUUUGAUA